AUGGCUCCUCCAAAAUCUUCCAGCAGCAAACACUCCAAGAAGACCCAAGAUUCAACUCUUCAUCCUGUGCACGAGUUGAAUGGACCAAUGACUGUUGGAAACCAACAGUACGUUCCUGAACCUCCCAAUGAGAGAGAGAAGGAAUGUAUCUAUAAAUCCCAGGUAUUAAUUCCUGUUCUUGUUUCUGUCGUAAAGAUCCCUACCAAGAAAACCUCCGUCGAAGCGUCACCAGGUGCUGCUAAGAAACCUUCGACAAAGGUAAGUCGAAAGCCCCCACCAGUCCAAAAAAGAAAGAAAGAAGAGGAGAAAGAAGAGGAGAGAGUUCUCAUUGAAGAAUCUGGUGAUGAAUCUCCAGAGCCAAACCCCCCUCCUCCUCAGAAGAAGAAAAUCAAGAGGGUCUCUUCCCAAAGAUCCAUUGUUAAGUCAGCUAAAAAAGAUUCUUCAAGUACUCCAACUGCCAAACUUCAGUCGAAGGAUACAGAGAGUGGGAAAUCUAGUUUUAAUACUGAGAUUCCUGAGAAACAAUUGGCUGUCGUAGGAAAACCUACAGAUAAAAACAAACCAAAACCUGAUAGUGGUUCUGCUCUCAAAACUGUCAGCUCGAUGCCCACUUUUCCGAAGGAUUCGACAAAAGGAUCAACAAUGGAGAUGGCGCAGACAAAAAUUAAUCCUGAACCUGAGAAAACUCUGGAAGAGACAGUCCAAGAAGAAGAUAUCCCCAAAAAUGAUCAUGACACGCAAACUGUAGCAGAAUUCGACACUACAAUGAGUGAAGCUUCUGAAGAUGAUUCUCCUCCUCAUCCAGGAUUAAAUGCUACAAAUAAGGGCGAUGACACUGACAUGGAAACUGAGGUCGAAGAUGACCAUGAAGAAGAAACUGCUAAAGAUGAGGAUGAGUAG